AUGUUCUGGUCAAGUUCCUGGCAACAAGUUUCACCGAGUAAUGAAAGGCUACUGCCCGAAGAUAAAAUGGCAAGAUUGCUUUCUUCUAAACAUUUGAGGGAAGAAGUUGGACGGGCGAUUGGUGCACCAGAUGCCCUAAGUCCCCAAACGACGUGGUUGCGUACGAAAAUCCGGGAGGUUUCCAUGACACGUACAUUUACUAGAGUUGUUGCAAAAGCGCACGUCCACAUUUCGGGUGAUCUAACGAAGCAGGUUCUGCUCGAGAAUUAUAUCCUUGACCAGAAUGAUGAGUUUCCAGCCUUCACAUAA